AGAGGACAGAGUAAGGAAGAUGUUAUUAUAGCAGAAUAUCAGUAUCCAAUGGGGGAUAAUAUCUGCGCUUCUAUAUAUGUGCCCCCCACAUACAGAUCCGCUAUGGCUUUAGCUUCUUUUAUGGACCCCAGGACAAUAGCUCAGUGUGAUUUCCUGCAGUUGUACAAACCGGAGGUGGGCCCUGAAGAACCCCCAAAGCAUGCUGAAAGACAUUUAUUUCAUUGCGCCCCCAUCCCGUCCCUGACACCCAAUAUGGCUGAUGAAGACGCCAACUGGGACGCUGACUUUUUCUUAACAAACUUUACUGACUGGCCUGCAGGUGGCGCCAGAGAAGCACCCAGCGUGCCCAGCCAACUGAAGUCCCCACUAGGCUCCCCCCAAUCUGCUACAAUUGCUGAUAUCCUUGCCCCAUUCACAGAGGAUGAAGCAGACCUGUUGUCACUAGUGCUGAGCAGCGGUGCCAGGCAAGAAGGAUACCCUGUGCCGGUGUCACAGUCAGCAGAAAUAACUGGGACUAACACAGCCCCAGGGUGUGAUGAGAUAGUAAAUCCCACGUACCACGUUCAGUUCUUGGGAUACCCCAACUCACCCCUUCCCACCCUGCCGAAACCCACCGACACUCACUUCUCAGCCAAUCUGGUACCGAUCUUGCCGAGGCCACUGGGUCUCUAUUCUGGAUUCCCCCAGACUCUGCAGUCCUUCCCCUCUACCAACCCCAAUAUGCCAAGCCAGCAAUGUGCCGUGCCCCCCGCCCAGCAACAGAAAAGGAAAAAGUGCAAGUCCCAGAAAGGGAGCACCGCCCACCCAUGCACCAUUCCCGGCUGUGGGAAAUCCUACAGCAAGAGCUCACACUUAAAGGCCCAUCUCCGCUCUCACACAGGGGAGAAGCCCUAUGUGUGUGACUGGAUUGGCUGCGGUUGGAAGUUUGCCCGCUCUGACGAGCUCACGCGCCAUUUCCGUAAACACACGGGUCUGCGUCCGUUCCAGUGCCGGGUCUGUCUGCGAAGCUUUGCCCGUUCUGACCACCUGGCGCUACACAUGAAGAGACAUUCCUCAUUGGGGACAUAACAACUCAAAGAUUUAUUUCUUCCUACUUGUAAGCAUGGGCGUCCGCAGAAAAUUUUCCAAGGGGGGGCAAGUAAGCUAGCAUCAUCCUGCAA